AUGGCUUCUGCGGAGAGACUUCCUUCGGAGAAGAGGAACUCUCCUGCGGAGUUUACCAGGCUCGACGUCACCAAGCUACGGCGUACUACUCGUAUUUCCAAGACAUGUCUCAGCUGCAAGAAGCGCAAAGUCAAGUGCAACUUCGAGGUGCCGUGCGACAAAUGCAUCGCCCGCAACAAAGGCCAUCUUUGCAGUCGCGAGCCUGUCAUCGUGGACGGGGUGGUGAUUAAUGCAGGGGACGAAAAGCUUGUGGAGAUGAAAUUUGCCCAGGAAAAUGAGGUACUGAAACGAAAAAUUAAGGACUUGGAAAGAACGGUUUUCAAACUCCGAUCGGAGUUUUCGUUUCCCCACAAUUCCACUUCGGCUCAUGUGCCGCGAGCUCCAGGACAAAAGGCAUCUUCCCUCGCGCCUUGUGGACCCCAUGGUGGGGUGUCCUUGGAACUGUCCGCCAAAUGGGACAGCUACAGCGUGGUUAUCAGCCUGCUCAACAAAGGCCUAGCCGAGGGCCUACAGGACGACGAUGACCAGAAUUUCGACGCGAACACCGAAGAGUGGUCCAGAAUUCCCAACAAGGAACUCAUGAGGUCGAUUCGAAGCGGGGAUGAGAAAUCGGAUGUCUGGAACUACCAACUGAGGCUUAUAGCUAACCUCGACAAGGCCCAUUCCGACCUCAUUCUGGAGAGUGCACUGCGGCUAUCUUUUCUUCACAAUGUUCUGGAUAACGACCGAUUUCUACAAGAAUACGAAUCGUAUUGGAACGAUCCAUCCAUCACUGAGAAGCACGUUACCCCGUAUUAUUCGAAGUCUAGCAAGGAGUAUCUUUUUCUGGCUCAAUAUUACAUGCUACUAUGCAUUGGAGUAUACUAUUCAGACGACACUCUGCAACAGAAGCUAGCUUUUUCUGACGAGGCAUUGGAUCUUCACGCUCGCUCUUUUUUCGCAUGUGGCCUCGAAUGCCUGUUCCGGGGCAGAUACAUGACCUUCCCUAGCAUUAACGCCAUCCAGUUCUUCUCGCUGCUCAAGCUAUGUGCACAUCCUCUGGGAGGAGUUCACCUGCAAAAUUGCCUUGUGGGGAUCAUGUGCUACAGCGCGCGGAAGCUGAAAUUGGAUAGCGUGGCUGGCGACUCAGACGACCCUGAAACCGACAUGAAGCUCAGAUGCUGGUGGUCGCUCGUGAAUGUUGACUGGUACGAAGACCAGUUCCGCUAUUCUCUGAUUGCACCCGGGACUUUCAGAACGCCCAAGCCAAGGAGGUGGAAAAUUCCUGAUAAAGUGUUAGACUGGGAUAACUAUUAUCAGAGGUUUGUUGCCGAAAUUGCAACCAUCAAGAGAAAUUACUAUUUUGACGACACGGUGCUAAAAAGCGAGCUGACUCUCCAAUCGCUCGAAAAGGCAGAUCUUGAACUUCGUGUGCUUGAAAUCACCGUCAAAAAGGAUUUUGAGAACUUCAUGGACCACGCACGUCUCAACACCGAUGUUCACUUUUCCACCACAGUGGAAUUUAUCAAGUUUUUGACCGAUUAUAUUAUUCUUCAGGAGAGACUUGAUAUCAACAGCAAAAUGUCCAGAUUUAUGACGUAUGACCACUGGACCGCGGACUGCUAUGAACUGUGCUGCAAUUGCGCAGAGACCAUUCUCAAACGGUACGCCGAUCCAGAGGUCCCACACUUGUUCAAAAAACCAUGGUUUGUGUGCGAAUUAGCGGUCUCUGCUGCAGUCUUUUUGCUAGUCGACGCAAUGUUAAACAAGCAGACCGCCAGCCGUCAGAAAUCGGUCAUCUCGCUUGUCAAGAAAAUCAUGCCUGUUCUGGGCUCCCAUAAGCUCAUAGUUCGUCCCGCUGUGCGAGGCCUCUACGUGCUUCAGAAACUAAUCAAUUUGAUGGUUGCAGGUGGUCGAAGGGGGGGCCUCCAGUCGAUAGAGUCAAUUACAAAGAUGCGACAAGCUAGCAAUACAAUGGAUCCGAAUGUGGCCCAGAUUCAAGAGAAAAUGCGUUCCAAAGCUCAAAGCAAGUCAAGAAAACAGCUCAAAUUUAUCAAUUUUUCCUCAGACUCGAAUCCUGCUAGCCGCAGUGCAAGGACUGAAAAGGAAAGCUCGGCCGCCCUUCAACCCACAUUCGAUAAGAUGGAAGGCGCUGCAAUGCCGCACACAGCCGCCGCUUCGAUCAUCACGGAUCAGAGCGAAAAUACAUUCCCGCAGGCGUCAGGACAGGUUCCUGAACUGCAUACGGCUAUCUUGGAUAUCCUUGGCGAUCACGGGUGGGGCCAGUUUUUGGACUCUAUUGACGAUUUUAAUAUGACAUUCGAUGUAUAG